AGUGAAUGUGCUUCUCGUAACAACUCCCCAACGAAUCAUCAGUUGUUGAUCAGUGGUACCAGAUCCGCGGCAGCCCUAUAAAGUUAUACAGAGACAAACUGGGGUUCUUUUGGGUCACAUCUAAAGAUCAGAUCACAAGUGGCAGUGGCCAAUACUGUAAUCUUACGGACUGAGCUAAGCUGGGUAACAGCACCUCUGUCUGGCUCCCUGAGGCCAGAUACUCUUUAUUGCUAUUUCCCUGAUCUCACCUUCUGUUUUGGCCAGAAACAACAUCUUCCCUUUCGAGAUCGUCCUCUUUUUUUAAAAAAAACUCUUUGUUUAUUAUCAAGAUGGGAAAGGUGAAGAUUUUUGCAAUAACCUAUGAUGAUUUUGUUGAUAACAUUGCCCCAAUGUUCUCCAGUGGAGACUUCGUCUCUGGCCGGGUCACUGUGGAAGUGAUUGAGGAAACUAAGCUGCAGUCUCUUACACUCCAUGUGAGAGGAGAAGCCAAAGUCCACUGGACAGAAUCAAAUGGCACCAACUCCUCUACAAGUUACAGCAAAGAAGUGAAGUAUUUUGACUACAAAAACCUGUUAUUAGGACAGGUAAGAGGUUACAGGACUGAGAAUGACUUAAUCACUAUACCUCCAGGCAUAAAUGAAUACCCCUUCAGAUUCAUGCUUCCAAACAUACUAUUACCUGCUACAGUUAAAGGUGAAUAUGGUAAUGUGAGUUACUGGGUGAAAGCCAAACUACACAGGCCAAGGAAGUUGACCAUGAAAGUAAAAGAAGAAUUUGCAGUUUUUGAACGCUUCAUCAAUUACAACCCAUUGUGGAUGUUACCACAGGAAGCCACAAAUGACAAAACUCUUUGUUGCUGGUGCUGUUCCUCAGGGCAAAUAUCACUCAGAGCUAAAAUCGAGCAGAUGGGCUACAUGCAAGGUGAAGUAAUUCAAAUAUUUGCCGAAUUUGAGAAUAUUUCUUCUCGUACAGUGAUACCAAAUGCAGUCAUUAACCAAAUACAGACUUUCAUUACCAAUAGGAAAAGUAAAAUAGUAUCAAAAAUUGUAGCCAGACUGCAAGGAGACCCAUUGCUGCCGGGAGCAACAGAAAGAUGGAACGGAAAAGUUCUGCAAAUUCCAACUUCACCUCCCUCUUACCUCAGCUGCAGUAUAAUCACCAUAGAGUACAUAUUGAUGGUUUACCUAUUUAUCCCUUCAGCAAUAGAUUUGAAGGUUAAUUUGCCACUUGUUAUCAGUUCGGUCCCGUUAUAUCCUUUCAAAACAGUGGGGGCCAGCAGCCAAUGUGAUAUUAACAGGAACUGGCUGUUCCUCACACUGACACAAACACCUGAAGACUUGAUCUGUGAAAAAGUGGAAAAUGAUUUUGCUGGCACUGAAAUAACUUCUUGUCAAAGAAAAAAACAAUUUCUACUGAACCUUCUUAAUUCUCCCCAAGGCCUUAACAGACUAAAAUCGGGUUUACAAACUCUGUCUAUCCUGACCUCCGACAGUGUUUAUUGUUUCACUGAUUGUGUCUGCAGCUUUUACACCCAGUGCUUCAAAUCAAUCAACUUCACUUCAAGAUCUUUGAUUCUAUAUUUUUUUGUUCCGAUCGUCAUGGGAAAGGUGAAGGUUUUUGCAAUAAUCUACGAUGGUUUUAUUGACAACAUUGCCCCCAUGUUCACCAGUGGAGAUUUAGUCUCUGGACGGGUUAUUAUGGAACUUUCUGAUGAAAUCAAGGUGAAAUCUCUUAAGAUCCAUGCCAAAGGUCAUGCCAAAGUCAGCUGGACAGUAAGGAAAAAGAAAGGCUCCAAGACCCACAGUAGAGUUUACCACCAAGAAGUGGAAUAUUUGAAUCACAAAGAAGUGUUAAUCGGACAUGGAGUAGGUGACUUCACUGAAGAUGUCACAACUAUGCGUCCUGGCAGAUAUGAGUACCACUUCAGAUUCAUGCUUCCACAGGCACCAUUACCUGCUACAUUUAAAGGCUUAUAUGGCAAAGUGGAAUACACGGUAGAAGCUAAACUAAACAGGCCAUGGAAGCUGAGCUUCAGCGUGGAACAACCUUUGCCAGUUUUUGAACGCAUUGAUAUUAACCAUCCACUGCUUCUGCUGAAUCCUGAUAUUUCUGAAAGUGAAGAAAUUCAAAUAUUUGCUGAAUUUGAGAAUGGUUCCUCCCGUGAGGUAGUGCCAAAGGCAGUCAUUCAUCAAACCCAAACUUUCUUUGCCCAAGGGAAGAGCAGGAAAAUACAAGAAACAAUAGCCAAAAUAGAUGGAGAACCAGUGGCUCCAGGACAAACAGGAAAGUGGAUUGGAAAAGGCAUGCUUAUUCCAACUCUGCCUCCCUCUUACCUCAGCUGCAGAAUAAUCACUAUGGAGUACACAUUGAUGGUGUACCUAUCGAUCCCUUUAGCAUUAAAUCUAAAGGUUAAUUUGCCACUAGUUAUCGGUACGAUCGCCUUACAUCCUUCAUACUACAGUGGUGGUGAGCAACCAGAGAUGUUAGCAUGAACUGGUUGUGCCUCGCACUGUCGGAAAGACCUGAAGGUGUGGAGUAAGGAAACUUGCCCAAGGUAUCGUCCUGCUGGAAAGCGAACCUAGCUCUCUCACUUGCGAGACGAGUGCUCUAACCACUGAGCUAUAGGACUCCACAGUUUGUCAUUUUAACCAUUUUGUGACGCUCUUAUUCUAUGUGAAAGAUGCUAUAUAAGUGCAAGUAUUUGCUGUUAUUACUUUCCCUUCAAUCAUAACAUGUGAAAGAAUUGUUACAAUGGAAAGAGCAGAAGAUACAAGUUGGUGCAUAAAUUGCUCCUCUGUCAUCCACAGUCCAUAACUGGAUUUCUGAGUUUUCAACAAAUAUGUUAUUUCUUUCACAUAUUCAAAUAAAGU